AUGUCAAUCUUGAGCACGCUAGGUCUGGAGAACUGCGCAAGCAGCUUUUCCUAUACCCAAUAUGCCGUUUCGAUGGCAAUCACUGGAUUGAUUCUGGUAAACCUGAAGGGUGUGGUCGGGUUCUGGCAUGUGCGGUUAUUCAAAGGCCUAUUUACCCAAUACUUUAUCGCCAAAGGCACAAAGCCAGAGACAAACGAUACGAAGCGCAAUGGCAAGGUCGUAACAGUUGCGGAAGGCAUCCCUCGCCUCUUCUCCUACCUUGUCACGACACAUCGCAAUUCUCCCAUUGACUGCGACUAUAACAUGCACAAGUCCAACAGCACCUUCUUCUCUGACUUGGACAUCAAUCGUGCCCAAUUGCUCAUUCGGCUCUUUUGUGGUUUCCCGCGGUGGAAGUCAACCUCAGAUGGGGAAACAGUAAGGAAGAAUAACCAGGAGAAGACAUUGAAUAUUGCGCUCGGAGGAGUAUCCUGCGUCUUCAAGCGAGAGAUUAAACCGUUCCAGCGGUUCGAGAUCUGGUCUCGCGUGCUCGCUUGGGACGAUAAGUGGCUCUACAUUGUGAGCUACUUUGUUCUUCCGGGGACAGGCAUGGCAGUUAUGAAGUCCCUGCAUGAGGAAGCAAAGAAGGGGAAAGAGUUUGAUCCCAAUAAGGCUAUUUUGGCUUCGUCUCUCAGUCGAUACGUGUUCAAGGACGGGAGAAAGACAAUCCGACCAGAAGAUGCUCUGGUCAACAAUGGGUUGUACCCGGCGGCGAAGAACGCGAAGGAUGCUGGAGGGGACGAGAGGGUAUUUGUCAGUGAGAGAGAUCGGGCAUUGGAGGUUGCACGAUUUUUCCACGGGUUAGAUACUCUUCCUUCGCACUUUGGGGUUGCGGCAUCUUCGGUACUGGGGCGAUACUCGGAUCUGUAG